GACGCCCGGAGGGCCUGGACGCAGCCGUUCUUGUUUGCCGUUGUAGCUGCUUCCAGCUCUGUCUCCAGGGGAGCAGUUCCCCAAAGUCAGUCUCUGAGGUUUGUCCGCGGCCGCUCCUACAACCUCCACCAUGGGCCUGGAGCUCUUCCUGGACCUGAUGUCCCAGCCCUGCCGUGCUGUCUACAUCUUCGCCAAGAAGAACAACAUCCCCUUCCAGCUGCGUACCAUAGAGUUGCUCAAAGGCCAGCACUACACUGAUGACUUUGCCCAGGUGAAUCCCUUGCGGAAGGUGCCCGCUUUGAAGGAUGGGGACUUCGUCUUGGCAGAGAGUGUGGCCAUCUUGCUCUAUCUGAGUAGGAAGUACAAGGCCCCUGACCACUGGUACCCUCAGGACCUUCAGGCUCGAGCCCGUGUAGAUGAGUACCUGUCGUGGCAGCACACAGCCCUCCGGAGUAGUUGCACCAGGGCCAUGUGGCAGAAGAUGAUGUUCCCUAAGUUCCUGGGGGAGCCGGUGCCCCCAGAGAUGUUGGCAUCCACUUUGGCUGAACUGGACAGGUGCCUGCAGAUGCUGGAGGACAAGUUCCUGCGGGACCAGGCCUUCCUUACGGGAUCCCAUAUCUCCGUGGCUGACCUGAUGGCCAUCACAGAGCUGAUGCACCCUGUCAGUGCUGGCUGUAAAAUCUUCGAGAGCAGACCCAAACUGGAUGCCUGGCGUCAGCGUGUAGAAGCUGCCGUGGGGGAAAACCUCUUCCAGGAGGCCCAUGCAGUUGUCCUGAAGGCCAAGGACAUGCCUCCUUUGAUGGACCCUGACUUGAAGGAGAAACUGAAGCUCUCGGUGCAGUGUUUGUUAUAUUGAGGGAGUGGCCCAAACCUGUGGUGCCAUCAAGGGGAAACUCUGGGCUGUGCAAAUGAAGAGAUGAGGCAGAUUGUCCCCGUGGCUGUCACUAGGACGUGGAGUCUCUGGUCCAUAAUUUCCUUUAGGCAUCGUCAGCGUUCCUCUGUAUCCCCCACCCUGCUUGUGCUGUGACACCAGCUUUUACCUGACCUCUGGAGAGAUCUGCAGGAAAAGCCCUGGGGAAACACUUGCUUUGAAACUUUACAAACCAUUGAACUGUAAGCUUGGCCCACCCUCCAAGUCACACCUUUCUGGCUGCAUUCACUUCAGGCCCCUCUUCUGCUCUCCUGUUGCUCCCCACCCCAAGCCCUUCCCAUAGCCCCUUUGGGCUCCUCGUUCCCAGUGCUUCCCUUCCUCUGUUUUGGCAGGCAGGAUCUAUGACCCCUGGCUUGAGCACUUGUCACAGAUCAGAAGGCCUUUGUCCUCUGGGUCCUUCUCCCUCUGGGGUGAUGCUGCCUGCCAUAAAUAGGGUAUAGGGUUGGUUCAUGAAGUUCUUUGCAGGGUGGAAGUUUCUGACAGUGUCCUGACUUUCCAAAUUCUGGCAAGCAAUCCUGCUUGUUCCAAGUCUCCUUACCCUGACUGCUGUCUUCUGAGUGUCUCUAACUCCAAAUUGUCAGGCUACUUAAUCUUGUGCUGUAGGACCUCCGGUCUGUGCAUUACCUAAUAAAUAAAUUGCUAAUAGAACAACAA